UAAACUGCUGCAGCUUGUCGAGUGCACCUGAGUUUUGCUUUCGAGUGCCAAGCAAUUAUGUGGAAUUGUUAUCCAUGUUGCCUGAUUACAGUAGUUGCGCUAGUGGACAGGUUAAUUACACGGACCGUUCGACUAAUCUGUUGCACGCAGCACCCAUUAAGCAUGAUCCUUAUACCCCAGAUAGCAUGGACAGUCCAAGUCCAAAUGCUAUAAUAUCAGCCACAGGUGAACUCCCGGACGUAGACAUAGAUAACAUGAACAACGUGUCCAUGGCACAGUUUGUACAGACGUCGAACUUUGCCAGACGUUUAGACACAGCUGUGUCGCCUGCUCUCUUAAAAUCCAAGUUAGAACUGAUCGUUCGGAACAAAAAACAAGAGGCGAUGGACGCGGAUCAAGAUACAGCUGAUAUCAAAAGAAGCCCUAGCGACUGCUGUUUACACUCGUGGCCCAAUACCGAGGAGUGUAAAAACGUAUGGUCUGUAAGGACGAACAGAUGUAACAGCGACCUGUCCUGGCAGAGAUCGCAUCUCUUAACCGAAGCAUGGGUUCAGAGCAAAGGACAACAAGGGUAUCAUUCGUUUGGAGAUUUUAUCAAACGAUCGUCCUUGGAUUCAACUCCGCCGAACGGUGUUGAGGGUUUGCCUUCCGAUUUGAUUAUACCAAGGAUAUCAAUAAUAAAUGCUAGUAACUUCGAAUCAAACGAGAGUUCCGUGUACUUACACGACGACAAGUAUAGCGACUAUUCGGAUAAGAAACUAAGCACUUACUCGGACGACCGAACAAAGAGCUUGAGCGGCGAAGCGUUCAGUUCAGGAAAGUCGGAUGAACUUUGCGAUAAAACAGACGACGAGAGCAACAGACUGAGCUUAAAUACGAAGAAAAUAGGAAUGAACGAGAGCGUUUAUUUGCAAAACAUAAGUGAGCUAAUAACGAAACCAGACAAGAAUUCUUGUGCAAUGGUGGUUAGUACAAAUCUCUUUAAUACUGACGGUAAGAUGAGUAAAAUGAACGAGGAACGAAUGCUUGAAAAUAGAGAGAAAUGCUUAAAUCAAAUUAUAAAUACAUUAGAAAGCACAGAGGAUAAUAAUAGUAAAAAUCAACGUGCACUCGCGGAUGAUGCACUAGUUGAUAAGACAAGUAUUAAAAAUAGAAGUAUAAUUUCUGAGACGACUUUAGCAGAUGAACGAACUUCUGAAGUAUUACAAGUUAUUGCAGAAACAGAACAAAGGACAGUUCGCCAUAGGAGUGAAAGAGAAGACAGAUUGCAGAAUAUGGAGGCAGAGAACAUAAAAUCAAAACAGAACAAGUGUAAUGAGACAAAUGUGUGUACAAAUGUAGAAGAUUUUGAUGCAAGUAGCAAGCAAACAGAAAUAUCAAAAUGUUGUAGCAAAUGUGAAAUGAUAAUUUCACAACAAAUUACAAGAAGUGAUUUUGUACAAAAUCAAAGUAGCAAUGAUAAUACAGAGGACAUUAAACUCAAACUCAAAGCAUGUAACUCUGAUAUAGAAAAUUAUAAGGACAAUAUCAUUGGGAAGGAAAGUAAGUGUCAAAAGUGUUGCUGCGUUAUAUCGUGAAAACGCAAAAUCUUCACACGUUCCUUAUUUAGCCUUCGUAUAUUGUAGUCAUGAUUCUCGGUUUCCUCGGAAUAAGAAACUAUCGUAAGAACGAAGUCGAAAAAAUCGAUUAUUAAGAUUUACUUUAUAAGAGAUAAGAAAUAAGAAGGAAGGAAAAAGCUAUAUUCUUGAACACUUAAAAUAUACUGCUGACGCUCUAUCCGAUAGCAUCGAUUUUCUAUUGUACAUGCAUGUUGCAAGACGUUUUCAUGUUCAAAGUGUCUUCUGCAUGAGCAUGAUACUCUAAUAUCGUAUCACGUCAACAACUAUCUUUUUAGCGUAUAUUCAAACGAUAUAGUUACGUACUAUAAAUUUUCAUAUUCUAGAUGCGCAGUUGAAUAAGCAGUGUAUCAUUGUUACGUAGUGAUAUGUUACGUUAUAUGAUGUAGAGUUUUAAUGAGUCGGAAUAUCCAGAUGACUGUGUCAACGUACGAUCUGUUAAGCAGUGUUACCAGUAUAUGUAAUAGAUACGUAAAAAUCCCUAACGAUUACGUUGUCCCAUUUCGUUAUUAAUUUAUUAAAUAAGUUUUCCAGUCAAGUAUGUAUCGGGCGUCACUCGAGAAAGUUAUUAUCUUGUAAUUUUUCGUAAUCUUUUGUUACAAUGUUUUUUUGUUACAAUGACUUAAUUUUCGACCGUCUCGAUUUUAUCUCUUUGUUCACGUUUACGUUCUAUUGCUAUCGCAAGAAUUCCAUUCACAGCAUUUUCAGCGUACAAGAACACGUGUGCUCCUAUGUGCAUCGUAACCCUUGCCAAAUUUACUGUGUCCUAUAUGAUAGAAUAUUAGAAACGUACGUGUAGACGCGACACGCACGUAGUCCAUUGUUUGGACUCGACUGCCAAAGUUAGUUUUGUUUUAGUUGAUAGAAAGGAAGAUAUUAACUUAUACGGUAAAAUUGUUAGUCAUAUGUCUUUACGUUGUACAUAAUCAUUUAAUGCUAUCUUUCCUAAUUUCCUAUAUACGUUUCGUUACAAGUUACAAGUAGUUUUCUUUGUGGCAAUAUCUACAAGUACAAUUUUGUAAAAAAAUUGACAACGAGGUUCUUAACGUUUCCAUGAAAGGUUCAAGCCAAUUCAAGUCGAUACUGUUUAACCGUAAAAUAAUUUGCAUACAAAUAAAGGUAUCUGUUCCGUGUCUUGCCGAAAAAGAAAUUGUACAUAAUACGAGAAACAGUGUUGCAAUACUAACGGCCGUUUACUGUUCAAAACGUUACGCUCAUAGGUACUUAGUAAAAGAUAAUUUAUAACAUUUAUUUUGCAAAACGAAUUCCAGACCACAUUUUGAAUCUGAUCGUAAUAAAUAUCGCAGAUUCGAGCAAUCGAUUUAUCAUGCAUUUGUUUCCGGUCCCAUUGUGCUUACGACUUAUAAAACGUUUUAUUAGUAAUUAUUAUUUUCUCCUCGCUUGUAAAUAUAAAUUUAUUUUUAAUACAA